CCUGCUCCCCUCCCGCGAGUCCCAGACACUUCCGUGAACCACAAGAGCACUUCAGUAGCCGUCGCUGCAACCCAAUUCAUACGAAGAUGUUUCCCCUCCUCAUCGGCGCUUUCUUGGGCGCCGGCUCCGCCAUACUCUCGCAGCUGCAACACGAAGUCGACGUCGAGGUCUCGCUCGACGGCGAGCGCAUGGUCGAGCACGCGAUCGAGAAGCUGGAGCUCCGGGCGCGGCUCGACGCCAUGACGGACGAAGUGCAGCAGACGCUCAUGUGCGUUCGCCUGCUGCUCGUGGUCGUGGGCGUGUGGUACAUGGUGCGGAUGGCCGUGUGGGUCGUGUGGUGUUGGAGGGGCGAGAACUUGAAGGAGAAGGGCCGCGAGCAGCCCGUCAUGCUUGUUUCGUUGGCUCGGGAUGGCGCGAGGGCACUGGUUGGGGAGCUGGGCGUCGCUCAGUUGCACGACGCCACCGUAUCACGCCAGCGAGCCCGGAGUUCGCUAUGACUUCGUCUCCCACGUAGCAUUCGGGGACGUUCGCUGGCCGAACGUAUCCAUCUGGAUUUACGUGUUGUUGGCUAGGAGGGCUGCGAUAUCUUGCUGUAUUCCAAACGUGCAUAACGGUGCAUGCACAUACCCACUUGUUUUGGCGACCAAGGUCUUGGGUCAUAAUCAAAUUACGAUCUUCCAGCGAAGUUCAGACGCAGGGCGGCGCAUACGCACUGUGCGACCUGUCCGCCGAGUCAGAUGUGCUGUCUCUCUGGCUUUGCUCCUGAGUGCGAGGACGUUAGCGCACCAUCGGUAUCAGAAUGGAACCUACCCGCCGUCUGACAUGUACAUACUCACCUGGGUGGAUCAGCGCCCUACAUAACGAAAGAAUGACCCACGUUGCUACAAGCUUCCGUCAUAC